CACAACAUCCUGGAACUCAGUGUUGUUUCUAUGCUGUGUCUGCGAGAAACCCAGGAGAAUGGCUCCCCCUUGAUGGUGUGCUGGCUGUGGCAAAGAUGAGCAACACUGUGUUCUUCUCCUUUGUACUCUUCCUGGGCAGCCAGUGGGGCGCAGAGCCCCACUCUAUCCCUGUGACUGAAGGUACCAUCACAAGUAUAUUGUCAUGGCCCCUGGAGGGAUGGAAGACUCGCAGGGAGCCUCAGCCAGGCCGGCUAGUGGGCCCCUCCUGCCGAGGCUGGGAUGGUGUGGUGAGCAGCUUUUCCUCCAGUUCAAGGCACUUUGAGGAAGAUUUGGCUAAACUAUUUGAUGAGAUCCUGCUGCAGGUGUUUCCCAGCAAUCUAGAUGACCUGUCAAAAGAUGCGAGAACAGCUGGCAGAGACGCGAACGAAACUCGCGUCCUUCCGAACAGCUUCAACCACUCUGAAUUUGCAUCGAGUUCACAUUUGGCUCAGUUGUUUGAUGAGAUCCUGCUGCAGGUCCUUUCUAACGACCCCAUGUAUUUAUCAAAAGAGGACGCAAGAGCAGCUGAUGAGCUAGUUACGUGGAGAGACGUGAAUGAAAAUCUUAUUGCUGAGAAGGUGGAUAAGGAAUCAUCUCUAUUCAACAGAGAUGUCAGCCAUCAAUUGUCGACUGUGGACAAAGAAAUACCCCAAGUAUUAGUGACUCAAGAUGUUUACACGGAGGGUCUGCCUUGCAGAGAGCUGCUGAGCUUCCUGGAAAAGAACAUCAUCACUGUGGCCGCUGCUAUUGCUGCCAUCCUCCUGGUCACAGCAUUUGUGGUGCUUGCAUUGGUCACAUACAAAAGGCAGAAGCAGCCCAGGUAUCCGCCAGCGAACACGACGUACAAUAUUUUUAUAAUGAAUGGGAAGGCUUGGUGGCAAAAUCCCGAGGAAAGGUACCUCAGAAAAUUCACAGGAAAGCAGAAACACCUGAAAUGUAAUUCCUUCGUCUAAGCCGGUGGAAGAGUCAGCAAACUGUCAGCAAGCCACUGCAGGAGGGUUCUUCUGCGCUGCCUGGACAGAAAUGGAGGCCUCUGGGCUCCCAAUUCUGAGCAGCAGUCCACCCCCUCCCAGAUCUCCUGUCCCGUUUCCGGACUUUGCCUUCUGUAGGACUUGAAGUAACUCCGUAUCUCAAAACCCAGGAAGAAAAUGCAACAGAGAGAGAAGCCAACAGGUGGGAGGUGACAACCCUGCAGCCAUCAAUGGAGCCCAGAGCAGGCUGCCCUGAAGCCCAUCCCUGGAAUCUUCAGCUACUGAUGCAAUAAUUACCAAACACA